UAUAAUGCAACCUGACAUAACAGACAUCAAAACACAAAUUAAUUAUUUCAGCUUUUACAUGGUAGCAGUCUAAGCCAUCAUCAAAUUUCCAGAAUUUCAGCUCUUUUGUGAAUCCAGAUUCACAACCAUGACGCAUCACACAAGAAUCCCUCUUACUUAUGUAGAUUAGUUACUCUUCUUAAAUUGCCUUAACCAGAGGUAAGGCUUUAUAAACAACUCAAAUGGACAUCACUUUUUCUGUGAACUUUGCCAUAUUGAUCCACCAAAAGAAACUAAUCUCUUCUAAAAACAUACAAAGAAACAAAUUAGGUAUGACAAAGAAAUGUUUUAGUUCUAAACAGAUGGGAUUAGAAGGAUUAUAGAAAAGGUUACACUUUAAUAUGAGUCAUUUUAAAAGCAUGAACUCAUCAGCCAUUGAAGUAGUUUCCAUUCAAUCUGUAAAAUAUAUAAAGUGUGCCAUUCCAGAAAUGGAAAACACAAUUAUUUACCACUGGGAAAGAUUUCUUAGAAUUUGAGAAGUGCCAAACCUUUAUGCAAGCAUUAAAUGACUAAAAAAUGUGCAUCUCAUCAUAUCUCCUAAUUCUCUCCCUUCUCUCUCUUUUUUCUCAAGGUUUUCUACUCUCAGUUUCAAAGUCUCUGCAAGAGGUAGAAGAUGAAGAUAUGUUGCUUGCCGCAUUAAAUCUAGGAAAAACUCUACAAAAUGGAGAUAAAAGUAUGAACAGAGGAGCUAUACCUUUGCUGAAGUACUACAAGACUGAAGACAGCAGUGUUUUCAAUGAUAAGAAUGCUGGAAACACGAAGGUUUUGGUGAGUUCAGUUUUAAAUUUUGGCUUAAUUGAAAUAUUGAAAUUCAUUUACACCCCUUUAGAAAACAAGUGCAACAAUUUAAAUCAACCAGGUAAAUAUAUUAGCAUACCAGUUCAACGCAACAUAGUCAAGAAAAAAAAGUUCAAGUCUAUAUAUCUAAUUCUUCCCGCAAAACAGGACAGAGGUUCCAGGCAUGAUUUCUUCAAUCAUGUUAUGCCAAUCAACUUAGGUAGAAAGCAACUACCUUAUCCUGCACUGAAGGGAGCCAUGGCUUUUCCAGCUGACACUGAAAUUCAAAAUAUUGAGUCGAUACAGGAAAGAGAGACCACAGAUGAAGAAAAUUCAGCUAAAUUACCUAUUGGAAGAAGAGAUUUUGACAGUAAAUAUAUUUUAUUUUUACACAGAAAAUUAUUUCAUUUUGGUAAAGUACACUACAAUGUCAAUAUAACAAUUUGUUAUAUGUUCAUUUAGAGACUACAUGACUGUUAUGAUUUGGUGCACAGGGGAGGGAGCAUUUCUUAAAUUAAUAUUUCCAGAAGCCAUAAGAAUUCUGGUUCUUUGAUGAUUUAAAUUUUCAAGCUCUUCUUCUCUCCUGUAGUCCUCAGGUGUAUGCUGGGAAGAGUCUAUCGACCUUGUUGGCAAGUGUGAAAACUACUGAUCUCCACCACCUUCUCUGAAGAUUAAACAUUUUAUUCUGAAUUUAAUGUAAUUUGAAGUUACUGAGUGUUAGUGUAACUGUACAUACACAUCCAAACUUAAUUUCCCAUUGCAUUGUAGAGAGAUACAUAAUUCAUUACCAAAAAUAACAGUGUAAUCAUUAACAAUGUACUGUUAUUAAAAAAUAAAAUACUUCAGCAUG